AUGGCAACAGAACAAUGCGAAGAAGCAAUACACGCUAAAGCAAUAUAUCCAUUUUAUCGAUACCACUACUGCCAAGUGAUAUUAUUCUAUCCUCCCAUUUCUCCAACAUUAAUGUUGGUUUCCACAACAGCAACAUCUAUUCAUUUGAAAUGGAAUUAUUCUGAUAAAGAAGAUAGUCCUGUAACAGGAUAUUUUCUCUAUCAUAUGAAACAGCAUGGAACUUGGGAAGAAAGACAAGUUCCUAGUCAUCAAACAACUUACACAUUUCAUGAUUUAUCUUGUGGAACUCAUCAUCAGUUUUAUAUUAUUGCAUUUAACACUGUUGGUAAAGGAAAACCAAGUGAUGUCAUUGGAAUUAAAACACAAGGGUCUGAUCCUCCCAUUUCUCCAACAUUAAUGUUGGUUUCCACAACAGCAACAUCUAUUCAUUUGAAAUGGAAUUAUUCUGAUAAAGAAGAUAGUCCUGUAACAGGAUAUUUUCUCUAUCAUAUGAAACAGCAUGGAACUUGGGAAGAAAGACAAGUUCCUAGUCAUCAAACAACUUACACAUUUCAUGAUUUAUCUUGUGGAACUCAUCAUCAGUUUUAUAUUAUUGCAUUUAACACUGUUGGUAAAGGAAAACCAAGUGAUGUCAUUGGAAUUAAAACACAAGGGUCUGGUAUGGAUUUUAUUUUACUUUUUUAUUAA